AUGCAUAUUCAAGAGUUCCCAGAGGAACUGCUCGUCUUGAUCCUCGAAAUGUGUCUGCUGCUUUCACCAGCGGACUUCUUCGACGAAACCCGUGCACAGAAUGUGGGAUACAGGCGAAUAUCUCUCAAUAUCCCACCUGCGUGCGAUAUCCUGCUCGUGUGCAAGCAAUGGGCGCGCAUAGGCACGCCUAUGUUGUACAGUAGCCUUCUACUGGUCUCCCGGCGGCAUGCAGCGAAGGUCGCACCUUACCUAAAGAACAACCAGCACGUUGCCGAGAGGAUUACAUACAUGCGCAUAAGUGGAAGAUACAGCAGGGAACUGCUCUCCGUCGCCAGGUGUGCACCGAAUGUCAAGGCCGUGUGCGUUUUCCCACCGUUCGACCCUACGCCCUCGGGGACCGAGAAUCUCUCCGAAAUUCUCAGUAUCCUUGAUCCAGAAUCGCUGUACAUAGGGCAUCUGGGCUCGUCUAUGAUCGCUCCAUUCGUACAGCAGUCGACGACUCUCGUGAGUCACGUCCGCGCAUUCCUUGACCUCUUCUAA